CAUCAGACUGAUCAAACCAGGCGAUCAAACACCACGGUCAACGAAGCAAGCGAACAUGAGCGGCAUGACGGUGAAGGUGAUCGGCGCUUUGGACAGCCCGUUCAGCCACCGCGCCGAGGUGGCCCUGCGCCUCAAGGGCGUGCCCUACGAGCUGAUCCUCGAGGACCUGCAGAACAAGAGCGAACUGCUGCUCAAGAGCAACCCCAUCCACAAGAAGGUGCCCGUGCUCCUCCACGCCGACCGUGCCGUCCCGGAGUCGCUCGUCAUCAUCGAGUACGUCGACGAGGCGUUCGAGGGGCCGCCGCUCCUGCCCGCCGACCCCUUCGACCGCGCCACCGCCCGAUUCUGGGGCCGCUUCCUCGACGACAAGUGCUCGAGGCCGUUCUGGCUGUCGCUGUGGACGGAGGGCGAGGUCCAGAAGGGGUUCGUGAAGGAGAUCAAGGAGAACCUGAAGCUCUUGGAGGGGCAGGUGAAGGGGAAGCGCUUCUUCGGAGGCGACGCCGUGGGCUACCUCGACAUCGCCGCCAGCGGGUUCGCGCACUGGCUGUCCGUGUUCGAGGAGGUCGCCGGCGUGAGCCUGGUCACCGAGGAGGAGUACCCGGACCUUUGCCGGUGGGCCAAGGAGUACGCCUCCCAGGAGGCGGUGAAGCAAUGCCUGCCGGACAGGGAGAAGCUGCUCGCCCAUUUCACCGCGAGGAAGGACUUCUUUGUGUCGACGGUGAAGUCAAUGGUGCCCAAGUAAUCAAGCGUGCGCUAGCUUGAACCAAAAAUAUAAAAUAAUCUGUCGAUGAAUGUUGAGUUACUAUUUGCGUUCAUGGAUAACGUAUUGCAAGCAAGCGGUCACGUAUGGUUGGCCGGAAUAACAAACGCAGCCGCCUUUUGUCUUGCGCGGGAUGCAUGAGUUUGGUUGCAACUUUGUUAAUUUGACUUGGUAUCAAAAGAACGCUUUCUUU